AUGCCCCCGGUAGGGCCCCGCGCCUCCAAAGAGGAGUUCAUGGCCGCCCUCGGCCUCAACUCUCACGAUCCACAGCACGAGCAAUUUUACCGCGCAAUGCGAGACGAAACAAUCCUGAUAUACAACCAUCUCAACACCUCCCCUACCAACCUCCUCGAUACUCUCACCAAUACAUCCGAAAAGCCCAAGCCGCCUUAUUUCUGGCACCACAUCAAGCCGGAGCGCCAGCAAUGGGCGAUCCGCGAGAUAGCACGCAAUGCGACGCCACGCACAAAGGCACUCUUUGCCUCGGGCGAAACGAAUGGCGAGUACGGACCAAACUGGGUUGCUGGGUGGUUACUCUACAGUGUGUUUCGGAGCCGAGAUGUGAGGAACAACCGGAACAGGAGAAGGGGAGAGGAGCAGGGCCCGAGUCAAGGCAGUAGCCAAGCGAGGGCGUCCGAUACGGGACAGGCGCAGGGGCAGGUGAAGAAGGAGUAUUACGAUCCUGUGAGAAAUGGGUGA